AUGACGACCCCCCAAUCGCCGCUCCUACCCGACGCCUCGACCUCGCUGCCCGGCUAUAUUGCCGAGGAGCUCACCGAGGAGCUCGAUCCCGGCUACGGCUCCGUUGCUUCUGAACAAGACGUUUCCGACGAGUAUCUUGUUCCCAAGAGCCAGCUGUAUGUGAUUUUACCGUGCAUUUUCUCGCUCACCUUCCUGGCGUCGAUGGACACCACCAUUCUGUCGACGAUCAUGACGGAAAUCGCGUCCGAUCUGGACGCCAUUCCGUAUCUUUCGUGGAUCGCGACGUCUUAUUUACUGGCGUCUUCCAUUAUCCAGCCGUUGGGCAAACUAUCCGACAUUUUUGGCCGCAAACCCAUGAUACUGGGCUGUAUCUUUGUGUUUACGAUUGGCUGUUUCCAGUGCGCGGCGGCCACGACGGCCGUGGGCUUUGCGGUCGGCCGUUUUCUGUCGGGUUUUGCCUCUGGUCUAAAUACCCUGGGAAGCAUCACCAUGAGCGAUCUUGUCCCGCUGCGCAAGCGGGGAGUGUACCAGGGCCUCGCCAAUCUGUGCUACGGCACGGGAUCUGCGUGCGGGACGUUUGGCGGCCUGGUUGCGAAACGAUACGGCUGGCGGAUGGUGUUUUGGAUCCAGUGUCCGAUCGGCAUCGGCUGCUUCCUGCUGUGUCUUUUCAAUUUGAACCUGCCGCCAAUUAUUAGGGUGCAGCUCACGUGGCGGGAGAAACUCAGACGCGUGGACAUUCUGGGCAUCCUCAGUCUUGCUCUCACUUUGUUUUUGUUCAUUCUGCUGACCUCGUUCGAGUUCGAGUCGUCCAAAUGGCCUGUCCUGCUCUGUGUCGCAUUUGCCGCGUCGCUCGCCAGCUUUGUGAAGAUAGAAAACUCUGCCGUGGACCCGAUCGUGCCCCUCGAGCUGCUCAAAAACCGCUCCAUCCUCGGCUCCUCGUUGGCCAACUGGUUCGGCACAAUGUACAUCAGCUGCGUGCUCUACUACUACCCGGUGUUCUUGUCGACGGUGUACGGGUUUGACACCGGCCAGGUCGGGAACCGGCUCGUCCCGUCGAUCGUCCUUUCGUCCUUCUCGUCCAUCGGGUCCGGCUACUACAUGAAGGUGACGGGCAAGUACCGCAACUUCUCCAUUGUGAGCGCCAUGGCCGGCGUGCUGAGUCUGACGGCACUGGUGCUGUGUACCCAGCCGGCCCGUGCCGACCGGCCGCUCUCCAUCUACGUCAUCAUGGCGCUGCCAGCCGUCCCCUACUGCGCGUACGCGUCCAUGUUGACCACCACGCUGCUGUCCCUGAUCGCGUCCGUGCCCCAGGACCACCAAUCUGCCGUCACGUCCAUCCAGUACGCAUUCCGCUCCACGGGCUCCACGCUCGGCACGUCCGUUGCUUCUCUGCUGUUCCAGUGGCAUCUCGGCAGCUACAUGCGGUCUACGCUUGCGAGCCACGCUCCCGACGAUGUCUCGAAAAAACAGGUCGCCCAGAUUAUCACCAAGGCGCUCCACAACGCAGCAUAUAUCCGUACGGCCCCCGACUGGGCCGUGCCUACUCUCAUCAAAGCUUACAACGUCGGGUGCUGGUCCACCUUCUUGUAUUCCUUUGUCACGUGUGUGCUGUGUCUGUGCGCACUUCUGGCCGUGCGCGAGUACAAAUUGCACACCACAGUGUCUCGGAAAUAA